CUUGGGACGAGCGGUGCUGCAGCGCCCUCUGCCGGGACGCGCUUCCCCAUCGGGAUCCCGGCCCCCCCCCGCACUGCACAGCGGGGCAGCGCCUGUCCCCGGCCACGCGCACACCUCGGGCGCGUUCCCGCAGGCCCUGCCCCGCCCUGCUCGCCCCGCAGCCACCGCGCCCCUGGGGACCGCGGCCGGGGCUGCCCUGCGGCUCACACGGCGCCUGCGCAGCAGCCGCCAACGGCCCCGCCCAGCCCGCCCGCGCGCGGCGGAACCGCCCCGGGGGCGUGUCCCGGCGGGAGCGUGGCGGGAGGGGCGUGUCCUGGGGCGGGGCGAGCGCGCUGGGCGGAAGCGGCGCCUGGAUUCAAAGUGGCGGUUGGCGGAAGCUGCUUCCGGGCGCGCGGAGCCUUCGCGGGGGUCUCUGAGUUGCCAUGGUGACGGGGCUGUGGAUGAGGGGCUGGCUUCCGCUGUGACUGGGAUGCUGUCACCUGCGAAGCAGCAGCCCUGUGCCCGGAGCAUGGCAGUGGGACAGCCUGUCGGGGACAAAGCGAGGUGUCUGUGGGCGGCAGUGAACCAGGCGGUACUGGCUGAGAGGAACCAGAGUGUGGCCCCUGUGGGGGUUUGGGUGGAGAGCGCCCAAACUGGUGGCAGAUGGGAGGAGAGCAUUGCUUUCGCUUCAGCGUUUCAGGUUGAAGAGGACCUAAAGGAGCAGCAAAAGGAAAAAGAGGAAAAUCUGAAACGCUUCCAGGGGGAAGUGAAGCAGAGGGUGAAUCAGCAAAUCAAGAUGAGGAGAAAGCAGCAGCUCCAGAAAUCCUGUGAAGCGGCAGAAAAAGAAAGCUCUGUUGUGAUGCAGUGUUCGGAUUCUGCACUGCACUUGACCCCCAAGAGGAAUACAUGUGUGUAUCGAAGUAAUGCAGCAUCUGCCAUUUGCAGUUCUGGUGCCAACUUGAUCCCUGUGCAACAGCUUUGUGUGAGUUGGGAGGAAGAGGGAAGAGAGAAGCAAAGCCAGUUAUUCCAUCAACAAGCCAACACACUUAGUAAAACCGUGAAACAGGUCCGUCGCCGGCUAGCAUCCUGCAAAACAGUGCCCAAAGGAGCAGGCCUGCCCGAACUUCCAGGAGGCGUCUGGGGUGUCAGCCCAACCAGAAACAAACCAGUGUCUCGCAGGCCAACUCCAGUGCAUGGAGAAGAGUGUGAGGAGUUUCCUCUGGCAGGACGUCAUGACCUUCCCGCUGAACUACAAGACCAGGCAACAGCCAGAAAGCAGGCUGAGCAGGGUGAUGACAACUUGUACUACAAACUAGAAUUUGGAAAAGUUUAUAAUGGAUUAAUGAAGGCGUCAGCCCCUGCUGGCCCGUCUUCAGGUUUGAGCAUUGAUUGCCAAGCUCCCCUUGUACUUUGGCCUGGGAUAGACAGAGAAGAAACCAAGAAACAACGUCAAAAUCAGUACCUGAGAUACAGGCGUCUCUUCAUGGAUAUUGAGAGAGAACAAGUAAAGGAACAGCAAAGGCAGAAAGAGCAUCAGAAGAAAAUUGCAAAAAUUAAGAGUGAGAAGGAGCACCAGCGUCGUGCAGAGGAGCAGAGGAUCCAGGAGAUGGCAUACCAGCAAGACACCUGUUCUGGGGAGAAAGCAUGUGAACUACUGGCUCAGCUCAGACUGGAGGAGAGAAGAGUGAGGAAAAGUAAGGAAAAGCAACAGAGAAAUAAGGAAUACGUGAGAUACAUGGAAGCUUUAAGAGCUCAGAUGAGGGAGAAGAUAAAACUGUAUAACAUUGACUUGCCUCCAUUAUGCUGCUGCGGCUCUGAUUUCUGGGACUCUCAUCCUGACACCUGUGCCAACAACUGCAUGUUCUACAAAAACCACAAAGCUUAUGCUCGAGCAUUGCAAUCGGUCAUCUCGUCAUGUGACAUUUCGGAUGGGAAUUCAACCACACGACUUGCAAUCCAUAACUUAGCUUCAGUACAUGCACCUUCUGUGAAGAAUCCAUGAAAGGUUGCCUUGGAAUCAGCUUUUACAAAUGUUCAGCAGACAGUUGGCCUGUGCACAGAGUAGAUGAUUGUUCCCAGGAGCAGUUUUCUGUCCCAGAGCAGACACUCUCUUCUUCAUUCAUUAGCCUUUAGAGAGACGACAGGUUUGUUUUGACUAAUAUUCACAUUCAGGGUUAAAUUGUACCUCUGACUCCUUUCAUCAUGCAUAAUCCAUAUACACUAUGGAAGGUGAGUACUCCAAAAGCCCAGAAUUAGCCCUGCUACUACCACUGAUCAGUAACGCAGGGAUCUAAUGUAAAGGGAUUACCAUGGGAUGGUUAAAAUACAUGAGGGAUUUUUGUUUGCUUGAAGCAUAAAUUCAAAUUUCUGUCUAUUCAACUGCUGAAUAAACCCUUCCAACUUCAAA